CUUUCCAGAGAACAUUGGUUUCUUCUAUCCGGGUAAUACCUUGAACCGUCUAAGAGUCACAGCCCUUCAUGACAACACUUCAUUCAAAGUCUUCUACAAUACCACACAGAAAGACUUACAAAUUUCAAAGUCGGGGCAGACCAUGAGUAUUAUAUUUCCAAAGUCCGCUGAAGUAAACCAACUAGGCCCCUCGAAUUUAUCUGUCAGAAUUACUAGUGACAAAAACAUCACAGUGGUUUCUAUAAGUCACCAGGAUCAAAGCAGCCAGUCCUAUGUCGUCCAGCCAAUUGUAAAUCUUGGGACAAACUAUUUGAUCCCUUUACUGGAUUACCCAGACUAUAUUCAAUCUUUUAACCUACCUAGUCUUGUCAGUACAACCAUGAGAUACAGCUCUUUCAAGUUACUCAUUAUCAAUGCGGUGAACAGUCAAAACAGCGUCACUGUAAUCAAGCAAACACCAUUAUCAGGUGUUAGUGAAGAGACGUUCAGUAUCGAUUCCUACCAGCUGGUCCAGCUUCAGACCAACGGUUCUAUUUUGAAGGUCAAAUCAAGCAAAGAAGUCGCUGUGAUACUGACCCAUCCGUGUGUAGAGACUGAGAACUGUAACUGUAACAUGGUAAUGAAUCAGAUUCUUCCCACAGAAUUUCAGGGUAAGAGCUUUAUCAUACCUUCCAUCUUCAAAGUGUCCGAGACCAAGCUACUUAUGCUGUCAGAAAACACGUCCUCGCUAUUUCUUGAUGGUAUCCAGUUACAGGCUUUUCCCUCAACACUUCUGCCAUUGUCAGACCUGCAGAAAUCCAAGAUAGUUAAUGCUACGGAUCUAGUGUCCCUCAGACUUUUCAGUCCAGGUCUCAUUGUGGAGCUGAUCCCAGAAAACAUGUUCUCUGCUUGCUACCUGCUGCAGUUUGCUGAAAUAAAUGGCAAGGCUUUGGUGAUCGCUGAAACAGACAGCAAAGAUAAUGUGCGCAUACAGGGAGAUUUACUCUCAGCAUCUGAAUGGACUGCAAUCACUGGCACAAACUACUCUUCAACUGUUGUAACUAUACCGUAUAAAAUGACUACAAUCUGGCAUCCAACAUCAAGGAUUGCAGUUUAUAUGCUGGAACAAAUAUCUGCAAAAGUAAUAUUUGGAGGCCCGGCUGUACCAAUCAAUAUAAAACCAGAUCUUCAUGGUUGUGUGUUGGUUCCCGGAUCAUUUGCGAUUGGACCCGACCCUCUGACUUGGAAGAAGUCUCGCGAGUACUGCAUGAAUAAUGGAAAUCAGUUUGCCUGUCCUGUAACUGAAUCUAUCCAUAAAGAUAUGGCUGAUAACCUGACCAAGGAAGAUGGGGAUGGCUGGAUCGGUCUCCGGCGCAGUUUACUAACUACAGACUGGUACUGGCAGGAGGAGUAUGAUCCCCCAACCUCUGUCAAUUACGUUCACUGGGACAAGAAGCAACCACUGGACGUUUUGAAGGGCUUAUGCACUUCAGUGUCUCUUGACCCUAAAAAUGAUUUCAAAUGGCGAAGUGCACGCUGCUGUGAUAAAAAGAAACCUGUCUGCUACAAAUGGCCAGUGUAUUUCUAUGCUUCACAAAGGCUCUUGGUAACAGAAUUGUAGUUUAGUGCUUGUUGGUAAUGCUAUUCUUUAGGUUCAUUAGUUCAUAUUUGUAUAACUGCCUGCAUAUAUAAGCUCUAUUUUAAAUGAAGUAAUGUCUUCAUGGAUUUUAAAUACAUGAUCAUUUUAAACUACAUUAAUGAUAUUUUCAAAUAAUGUCAAGCAUUUGCGUUGAAUUCAUGAAUUUAUGUAGAUGCUUUAAACAUUCAAACAGUUGGAUCCUGAAUUCAACUCGAUUAAACUUAGUUUAGACAUCAACUUAAAUUGUGGCAGGAAGUAGAUCCUGGAGUUAUGAAUGCCACAUCAACAAUACAUAUGAGUCAAUAUCACUGCAGGAUGCCUUUUGGUGUCAUGUUCAUAAAUAACUCAUCUGGCAUGAUAACUUUGGAUAGUUUGGAUAAUUUGGAAAGUUCACCCAAAAAUGAAAAUUUGAUGUUUAUCUGCUUACCCACCAGGGCUUCCGAGAUGUAGGUGACUUUGUUUCUUCAGUGGAACACAAACCAAGAUUUUUAGAUUAAACCGUUGCAGUCCAUCAGUCUUACAAUGUAACUGGAUUGGAAUCACUGCUAAAACAUACAAACAUACACAAACAAAAACAAAUUAAAACCUAUGGCUCGUGAUUUGUACAUUAAUGUGUAAAGACAAAACGACUGGUCUGUGCAAGAAACUAAACAGGUUUACCUCUGAUUCACAAAAUGUCCGAACUGUCAGAACUCUCCUCAGUGCAUAGUCAGCAGCAGGCGCAUGAGGCGUCUUCUUCUUCUUCUUGCUUUAUGGCGGAUCGCAAACUAAUAAGUGCAUUAAAAGAAGAAGAAGACAUUUUGUUGCAUUGUAUCUUUACUUAAUCUAUUACUAAACAUCUAUUGUUGAGAAAACUCAAAAGUCUUACUGCAUCAAGUUGCCUUACUUUUUUAAGUAUUCUUAGCUACAUCAUGCCCUGGGGGUAAGCCGAUAAACAUAAAAUUUUCAUUUUUGGGUGAACUAUUCCUUUAAUAUAAAAAUUACAAGAUGAAAGGGUGUGGUAUAUAAGUUUUAUAUAUAUACUCAGCUCUUUAGAUACAUUUUCUAGAUUAUUUUUAGUUUUGUGUAAGAGGAUGUGUGUUAUUUUGCUAUGUCCCAUGCACUGCUCAGUAAAUUUGAAUG